AUGAGUAUUGCAGGUGGAUGGGUGUUACUUGUUGGUGGAAGGUUAACAAAGGGAUCCAAGUUCUUUCGACUCGAAAGACGCACGUUUAUUAGAGUUAAAACUACGGUAUGGAAGAGUCGAAGCAUAAAUCUAGGAAGAAGGAAGAUUAUAGAUAGAGAUAGAAAGAGGCGGAGGAGAGAUGAUGAUCAAAAGGAUGAGGAACGAGAACGUAAGGUGUCUAGCAGACGGAGGGAAGAUAGUGUAGAUAAUAGUGGGACGAAAAAGGCUGAUGAAAAUUCUUCAGAUAAGAAAGAAGUAAGAACCCAUGAAGAAGAUAUGGAGGAAGAACAGCGAAAGUUGGAUGAGGAAAUGGAGAAGAGAAGCAGGAGAGUUGAAGAAUGGCAGGAAAAAAAGAAAAGAAAAAAGGAGGAAUCUGAGAGAGAAGAGAGGGAUGAACCCAAAUCAGGCAAGAAUUGGAGUUUAGAAAGAGAAUCUGGUGAUGAAGAAGCUUCUGCCCCUGUAGAGAAUGAAGAAGGGGAAAUGGUGAUGUGA